GUAAAGAUAAAAUAUUUAAGUCUAAGCCAUAUCAAGAAUUAGAGGAGUAUAAAGAGUUAGAAUUUGAUAUAUAUGAAGAAUCAGAUAAUUAUAGUAGUGAAAAUUUGGAUAACUAUAGUAAUGAAGAAUUAGAAUUUAAACAGUUAAAUAAUAUAGAUAAAUUAGUUCAAAAUAUUGAAG